AUGCUGCCACUCCUGCGGCAACGGCGUGGCGCCGCGCUGCGUGGCUCUGGUAGUCUGAUGCUCUCGGCGCAGCAACACUCCCGUCGCGCGGCUUCGCUGACCGCUGCCGCGGUGCCUGAUGUGGUUGUGUGCCGUCGCCUUCGAGAUUGUCAGCAGCGCGCGCAAAUUCUGAUGCGGAAUGGCUUCGAUGCUUUGAGUGCCACAUCCGAGCAGCAGCGGGAGACAAUAGCAGUGACAUCAUCUAGUUGCUGUGGGGCAAGAACGCUAUUGGAGCUACACGAAAUGGCGAAGCGCUUUGUGCAUUUACUCCACACUACUCUCUUCCUACCGCGUGAUGUAGUGCACAGGGUGGAAGAUUUUCCAAUGUUUCUCCUACACUGCUUCCGGCGUCAUGACAGCGCGGCGCUUGUGGACGUUUCCAUGGGCGAGGAGGCAAUCGUUGACGGCUUCAUUGACUGGAUGGACACGGCGCUCCCCACCGCCACGCUGUCAAAUGGAGAGGAAGUCGUAUCUUUCGUGGAGCUUAUGAGACUCGUGCAGUCCUUUGUGCGUUAUCACCGCGGUGUGCGGUGGGGUGGCGGGGCGACAAAAGCCGAAUGGUACCGCGGCGGCUAUUUGCUGCACCCGUGGCACGGCACGUACUGCCCCUCCUCCCGCGCGGAGCAAAUGCCGUACGUACACCUGCUGCAAUGGUUGCUCCGCAUGAAAAUGCCACGGCCGGAAGUCACACCGGGGGCUGACGACGACGACGUCGCUACUGCGGCUGCUGCUAUUGGUAGUGCUGACAUUGGUGGUGGUGGUGGUGGUGGGUCAUCGCCGCGUGAUGACGCAAUGCGGGCGUGGCGGGCGACGGAGGCGUUCUCCCCACCUGCGUGGCGGUGUGAUGGGCUGGCAAAGGACGCCGCCAGCUUUUCGGCACUCGACUGCGGUUGCCACAGCGGUUACAUGACGGAUUUACUGCUAAAGGCCGGCGCGCAACAGGUGGUCGGUGUCGACGUCACGUCGGAGGCCUUAGGCAGCGCAGAGGCGACUCUCCGCGAACACUUACGGGAGCGACGCAGCACUUCACUCUCAAGAAAAACAUUACAAUUUGUGCGCUGCAACUUGCUGCCCGAGUGGGAGGCUGUAACACAGCGUGAAGAGUGCCCGCCGACGAACGGAGGUGUUCUGGCUGCAGCAGCGGCGCAGCGGCGGCGUGCGGGACGACGUCAUCAACUUGCCGCCAACCCAAUUGAGAGUGAAUCGUCAGAUAAGGGGGUUGGUCCGUUUGACCUGCUCGUUUUUCAUCCGCCUCUCCGGCCUUUGUUUCCGUCGUGGCCGCUUUUGCAAGACACAUCAUGUUGUAUUGAUCAAUUCGCACUUGAUGGUGGUGACAAUCACCCGCACUCCUCCUUGCCGAUGUUGCGCGAGUUGCUUCAGAGGUUAUUGCACUCCUCGAGCAAUGGCGGCAAUGGUUUCACAGAGCGGCAGCAGCAGCGACGAAUGUUCCCGCUACUGAAAGACGGCGGCUACAUUGCUUUUAUUCUUCCACGCUCAUUUGACAUUACUUCUAUCCUGAAGGAAACGUCAUCUUUAUUCACUCCGUUCAAUAAAAGUGGCAGCUCUGUUUCUGUUAUGCCUCUCAGUGAUGUCGUCACUUCCACAUUGGAGGGAGCAUAUGAAUUGGUGCUGCGGCGUCGCCACUCGCUUGCUGGGUUGCUGGACAGCAACGAAACGACGCACCGCCGCAAUGUCGCGUACAUGCGCGCGUUUGCUCACCCGCAGUUCCGCAAGCGUAUCGAGCAGGAACUUGACGCUUUUUACCGAACGUACCAGACAGUAGACCUCCUCGUGUUCCGAAAGAGGGAACAUGCCGGCUUCACGAGGAAUAUCAAUAGCUGCGAUAGCGAGGGCACUGAGGGCAGCAACAAAAGCGUGGUGACGCCACCGUCGCUGGACUACGAGGAGAGUUUCGAGUACGCGGAGUACAUCCCGGCGUUCGGGCCGUCGCCGUCGCACCAUUGGACAGAGCUGACCCCGUCGUACUCAUACUUGGAGGACGACUUUUUUGGCAGGAAUGGGGCAAUAGCUCCAACGGCAUCACAUAAACGGAACUUCUUGGCUGUCGGCCAUACUACGCCUUUCAGUAGACAGAAGUCACGACAAGAAGAGCAAGAACGGGAAUAUGGUGAAUGGGGCCAGGCGAACUUACAUGCCGUGGAGCGAAACAUUGUCAAUUAUCGCAGUAUGUUUGCAGCGGAGUUGAAACAGAAGCGUGGUGGCCGGAUGCGCAAGAUGGCACUUCAGCCUUUGGAGAAACAGGAGUGGUACAUUGAUGAAAAGCUUGUCAAGUCUGAGGCAGCAAAAGUUGACCUGCUGAACGAAUUAUCGCGAUUUGAUAUGCAGGACUGGGAUUGA